AAACCCACUGCCCUGGACCUGCUGCGGGGGACACAGACUGGGAGAAGGAGGAGAGAGGGGAAGAAGAGGACCAGCACCAGGUCAGGAAAGAGACUCGAGCGGCGCUUCCGAGGAGCCAUGAGGACGGCCAGGCGGGCCAGCACCGUGGAGGUGCCCUCCUUCCUCCGCCAGCUAGCCAAGGAGACAGAGAAGAUGGUCACCUUCUUCUUUAAGGGGGGACAGGGAGAUGGCCAGGAGGGGAACGAAGAGGACUUCAGUGAUGAGGAUAACGGGCCGAGUGUCUACCUGGACCGACCCAUUCUGGAGAAACACGUGGCCGAGGGGAGGUCUCAGUGGGGGGUGAACUAUGCAACGGCCAGCAUGCAGGGCUGGAGGGCGCAGAUGGAGGACGCCCACGCCUGCAUGCCGGAGAUGGGAGGGGAGCUGGCGGAGUGGGGCUACUAUGCUGUGUUUGAUGGACACGCUGGCAACACGGUGGCACAGUACUGCUCCCGCAACCUGCUGCAACACAUCCUCGAUACAGGUACCAAAUUUGGCCGCGCACUUUGACUAACUGAUUUAUAUAAUUGUCGGCAGCCUAGUUUAUUUUCACUUGAAGGGAAUAUGUGCAAGCAUUUAUUUGGGCAAGUAGGGAAGCAUUUUACAACACCUAUUUCCAGUGUGCAUUCCACAGACAUACGUAGCUACAGACAUAUUGUUUGAUAGAUCAAUGAACAACGUCUUUGUCUUAGGCAUGGGUGUCUUCCAUUGGCACAAUGACAAGGUGCCGUUGUGCAGUAGGCUAUGUGUAUGCUGUAUGAGGGAGAGUGUAAUCUUGAUCUUGAAUACCAAAGACAAUAUCUCUCUCGGUUUUAUUUAUCAUUCCUAAACAUAAACAUGGUAGCACAACAUGGCUGACAGCUGUUGUUGUUGAAAACCUCUUGAUCUUUGUUCUUGGCCCGAAGUAUGAGAUACUUAAUCUGACACUUGAGCCUACAGUGUAUGCUACUUAACUCAAAACAAAUGUUUAAUCCUAACCUACAUGGCAUUAAUUAAUAAAUUAAUGCCACAAGCAAGACAGACAGAAAGUGACCUCAGAGGAAUACAACAACGCGACCUGAGCUCUGAGAUUUGGGCUCUCGCAGGGCACCAACAGUAGGCAUUUGUCCCCUGGAACCAAGCUGGUAAGGCUGGGGGUCAAAUAAUUGUAUUGUAACUAUGUGUAGUUAUCCUGUAGUUGGCCACACUGUCGUUAACUUCUGCUUAUCGAUUUUAGGCAGCGCGACCUAAUAUGAAUUAGAACGAAAUUAUGUGUAUUUGUCACCUAUAGGUCAGGUCUCUAACCCGCAUUGAUCUCUCCUGCCUCCAGGGCGUGUAAAGGCGGAGGAGCACCCUGAUGAUGUGAAGGAGGGGAUCGUCGAGGGCUUCCUGGCCAUCGACAGCCAUAUGCACACGCUGACGCGCCAGGAAUGCUGGGAGCGCAGCGGCUCCACGGCGGCCGCCGUCAUGCUCUCGCCGCAUUAUGUCUACUUCAUCAACUGUGGCGACUCGCGGACGCUCCUCUGCCGUGACGGCCAGGUCAUCUUCUACACGGAGGACCACAAGCCUUUCAACCCUAGGGAGAAGGAGCGAAUACAGAACGCAGGCGGCUCGGUGACCCAGCAUAGGGUGAACGGCUCCCUGGCCGUGUCCAGGUCCCUGGGAGACUUUGACUUUAAGGAAGUGGACUGGAGGUCCCAGACUGAGCAGCUGGUCUCCCCAGAGCCAGAGGUGUACGAGCUGGAGAGGUCCCCGCAAGACGAGUUCCUCAUAGUGGCUUGUGACGGUGUGUGGGACGCCAUCGGCAACGAGGAGCUGUGUGCGUUCGUCCGCAGCCGCCUGCAGGUGUGCGAUGACCUGAGGGAGAUCUGCAACCAGGUCAUUGACCUCUGCCUCUAUAAGGUCAGUGUAUAAAUGAUCAAAUCACACUACAUGCAGAAUCACACUGAUCCUAAACCUCUACCUCCUCUAUAUGGGUACGUAUGCAUGACCACAGUAUAAACUUCAAAAGGUGUACACUCACACUCACUAAUUGCCAAAGUGAGUAAAUUGCAACAAGGACCAUAACUGGACAUUGUAUGGAAAGUCAGAAGGUGCCAGGGGUGAGAGGGUUAAGAGGACUUUGGCAGUAUCUUCAGGCAAUGAUAUCAUCCCCAGGUCUUGGCUGUCCUCUCCCCUCCUGGAGUCUUGGAGACUAAUACCAUUCUAAUACUCAGUGUUCAGAUCAGUCAGAGGAUUUAACAGCAGGACACAGCCAGGUUGGUACAGCAAGACGGCUUACACUGCACUGCAGGGAGUCUCCUCCAUAGACAAUGGACAUGUUCUAAAUACAGUCUAAAUAUUGCCUUUAAUUCAAGAUUAUUAUUAAUAUUAUUAUUUUUAUCAUGGAGUCAUUCUGAGACCAGGGUCUCUUUUACAGACGAGCCCUGAAUUACAUAAAUUACAGAAAAUACACACAUCAAAAUGUAAAUACAAAAUGCAAGCAGAAAGAAAAACAGUCAUAAAAAAAAAAACAUUCAUCAGUAAUAAGGUCCUCAAUCAGCUUUCUGAAUUGCCCUAGAGGCACCAAAACAUCAAAUGUAAGAACAUUUUCAAGAUUUUUCCACAAAUUAGGUGCAAGAAAACUAAAAGCUGAUUUACCUAACUCAGUAGAGACCAAAGGAAUUUCCAGAGUUAGCCAUCCCUGGGACUGGGUGUGGUAACUUGUAUGUCUAAAGUUUAGUAAAUAUGUUAGGUACAGUGGGACUUUUUGUAAAAUGGCUUUAUAAAUGAAAAAAUAGCAAUGUAUCAACCUAAGUGACAUCAAAGAGAUCCAACUUUCUGGUAGAGAAUGCAGUGAUGAGUACUAAAAUUGUCGCCCGUAAUAAAGUGCAGUGCGCUAUGAUAAACUGCAUCUAACGGCUUUAAUGAAGUGGCAGCUGCAUUCAUAUAGAUGAUGUCGCAAUACUCUAGGACCAAUAGGAACGUCGACUGAAUAAUCUGCUUUCUACUAUUUAGCGAGACGCAGGACCUAUUUCUAUAGAAGAAGCCCAUUUCUAUUCUCAGCUUCUUAACUAACUCAUCAAUAUGCUUUUUAAAAGACAUCCUUUCAUCUAUCCAGAUGCCCAGAUAUUUCUAAGCAGGGACAAGAUCAAUAUGGACACCAUCCAAAGUACAUAUUCUUAAAUCAGAGUUAUUUAUAUGCGCUCUACACUCUUUGAAAAAAGGGUUCCAAACAUGUUAUUUUUGGUUCCAGGUAGAACCCUUUUUGGUUCCGGGUAGAACUCUUUUGGGUUCCAUGUAGAACUCUCAGUGUAAAAUAUUCUACAUGGAACUCAAAAGGGUUCUACCUGGAACCAAAAAGGUUUUUUCAAAGGGUUCUCCUAUGGGGACAGCCAAAUAACCCUUUUAGGUUCUAGAUAGCACCUUCUAAGAGUGUAGAGAACAAUAUAUACUUCGUUUUACCUGCGUUCAAUACUAAUUUCAGGUCAAUAAAGUUUGUUCUGUAAUACAAUGAAUGCCGACUGUAGUUCAGAUAGAGCCUGGUCAACCGUGGGGGCAAUAGCAUACACAACAGUAUCAUCGGCAUACAGUGCAGGUUACACUUUUUUUUUUACAGACAAGUCGAUAUUGUUAAAUGUAAACAGUAAAAAGUACAGGACCCUGAAUCGACCCCUGCAAGGCACCUUUCGUAAUAUCCAGAAAACCUGAUUUAACACCAUCAGUAGAUACACAUUGAGUUCUAUCUAUCACAUGAUCUUUAAACCAGUUACAUGCAGCCUGGUCUAGUCCAAUUGAGGAAAACCUCCGAAUUAGCAGUGAGUGAUCAACAGUAUCGAAAGCAUUUGACAGGUCAAUGAAUAGGGCAGCAUCCAUACAUUUAACCACAUCAUUUAUAACUAGGGAUGCAGCAGAGAUAGUGCUAUGGCCUGGUCUAAAACCCGACUGAUGUACAUUUUAGAACACAUUUCAAAGAUUAAAAAAAGAUCUUAGCUGAGAAUUAAUCAAGGAUUCUAAUAUGUUAGCUCGGCAAGAAAGUUUAGAAAUAGGGCGAUAAUUAUUUAGGUCACAAGGGUCACCACCUUUGUGAAGGGGGAGUACAUGAUGGCACUCAGCACUGGACAGGGUGUGUGUUGAAGGGCCUACAUCAUUACAUACCUAAUGUACCAAGCAUUAUGUAAGCAGUUAUCUUAUUCAGGUCUGCUUAUGUUGGUUAGGACUUACAAUGGCACGUCCUGUACCUGUCCUCUAAAUAGCAGGAUUAUGAGAGGGAGCUAUAGAGAGAGGGGAGAGACGGAGAGAGGGACAGAGGUGAGGGCAACACAGUGAAGGAUUAUGGGUGAGUGUGUAUGUUAGACUGUCAGGGUCUCAGGGCCACACCAGCUGAGAGCUAGGCCUAUUAACCUGGCCAAGAAGAGCCUCACUUUACCAAUGGCAACAGAACAGGCUUACCUCCUUGGAGUCUGUACUUAAGCUAGAUGGGUUAUGUUGUAGCACACAGUGAACCUAGUUUCUCAGCUCUAUGACAUGACAUCACAAUAACCAAUUAGUCCCCAUAGAGAUCCUAUUAAAUUACUAGAGGGGCUAUGUCAUGAUCCCUCAAAAUUCCAGAAGUGGGUGAAAAUGGCAGCCAUGUUGGUCUAAUAGAAUUAUAUUCAACCUAAAAUACUGUCAUAUAAUUAUAAAUACAAUAUAUGUAAACAAUACAUACAGUGGCUUGAGAAAGUAUUCACCCCCCUUGGCAUUUUUCCUAUUUUGUUGCCUUACAACCUGGAAUUAAAAUGGAUUUUUUGGGGGGUUGUAUCAUUUGAUUUACACAACAUGCCUACCACUUUGAAGAUGCAAAAUAAAAAAAUGUGUGAAACAAUCAAGAAAUAAGACAAAAAAACAGAAAACUUGAGCCUGCAUAACUAUUCACCACCCCAAUGUCAAUACUUUGUAGAGCCACCCUUUGCAGCAUUUACAGCUUCAAGUCUCUUGGGGUAUGUCUAUAUAAGCUUGGCACAUCUAGCCACUGGGAUUUUUGCCCAUUCUUCAAGGCAAAACUGCUCCAGCUCCUUCAAGUUGGAUGGGUUCCGCUGGUAGACAGCAAUCUUUAAGUCAUACCACAGAUUCUCAAUUGGAUUGAGGUCUGGGCUUUGACUAAGCCAUUCCAAGACAUUUAAAUGUUUCCCCUUAAACUACUCAAGUGUUGCUUUAGCAGUAUGCUUAGGGUCAUUACCAUGCUGGAAGGUGAACCUCCGUCCCAGUCUCAAAUCUCUGGAAGACUGAAACAGGUUUCCCUCAAGAAUUUCCCUGAAUUUAGCGCCAUCCAUCAUUCCUUCAAUUCUGACCAGUUUCCCAGUCCCUGCCACCACCAUGCUUCACUGUGGGGAUGGUGUUCUCGGGGUGAUGAGAGGACAGGUGUACUGUAUAUAUACUGAGAUCAUGUGACAGAUCAUGUGACACUUAGAUUGCACACAGGUGGACUUUAUUUAACUAAUUAUGUGACUUCUGAGGGUAAUUGGUUGCACCAGAUCUUAUUUAGGGGCUUCAUAGCAAAGGGGGUGAAUACAUAUGUACGCACCACUUUUCCGUUAUUGAUUCUUUUUUUUUUUUUUUAAACAAGUACUUUUUUUCAUUUCACUUCACCAAUUUGGACUAUUUUGUGUAUGUCCAUUACAUGAAAUCCAAAUAAAAAUCCAUUUAAAUUACAGGUUGUAAUGCAACAAAAUAGGAAAAAUGCCAAGGGGGAUGAAUACUCUAGUGGCAGUGCUAACUGUGCCACUAGAGAUCCUGGUUCGAAUCCAGGCUCUGUCGCAGCCGGCCGCGACCGGGAGACUCAUGGGCGGCGCACAAUUGGCCCAGCGUCGUCCAGGGUAGGGGAGGGAAUGGCCGGCAGGGAUGUAGCUCAGUUGAUAGAGCAUGGCGUUUGCAACGCCAGGGUUGUGGGUUCGAUUCCCACGGGGGGCCAGUAUUUAAAAAAAAAUAUGUAUUCACUAACUGUAAGUCGCUCUGGAUAAGAGCGUCUGCUAAAUGACUAAAAUGUAAAUGCAAGGCACUGUAAAUGUGUCAUAUUUAGUUUUUAGCUAUUAUAUGUUACAAUAUCAGUACUUGUUUAAUUUACAACUUGUGUAAGACCUAUCAUCAACUGAUUUGAGCCAGUGUAUGGCUGGGAUUGAAUGGGAUAUUGGCAUAUUAAUUAAUGGAAUCACUCCUCUAAAACUGGCUGGCUAGCUAGCUAACACACAUACAGUGCAGAUAAAUUCUUCACAUCCGUUGUUUUACACAAUAUCUAAUCACAGCACAGGCAAACCAUGGCUGAACUUUGGACCAUCAUUACAUUUUAGCCAUUUAUUAUCCAUAGCGACUUACAGGAUAAGUUUCAUAAGAUGGUUCAUGUCCAUUCUAGUAUUCUAAUUCCUAAUUCUAUGUCCCACUGUUCCAUUGUGACCUGUUUCCAAAAUUCACAUUUCUGCUCUCUGUCAGUACACAAUUAUGACAUCACAAUAUCCCUCCAUCUGCAGUGUCAUGUAAAAAUAUUCCCAGCUUAGAAGAUCUUUACAUGACAGAGACUUCAUAGUCCUGUUCUCCAUUGUGAUGUCAUAAUGACACUUAUUUUCUUCUUUGUUCACAUUAUCAUUAAGCAAGCAAAGAAUAUUCCUCAUCAUCAUAUUAUUCCUCAAGUAAACUUCAAUAUCAAGUGGCAGCAUUAUGUCAGCUUUCUUUCAUGGCAUUUCAUUUAGCUUUUCAAUGUUUGGGGUUACAAAUUACAUUAUUGAAAUGAAUCAUAUGCCAAGAAACAGUGUUUCUUAUUAGAAUUGUGCCUAUAUCUUUGUCGCCCCCUACAGGGUAGUUUGGACAACAUGAGCAUCAUCAUCGUGACCUUCCCUGGCGCACCCCAGGUGUCACAAGAGGCCCUACAAAAAGAGGCCGAGCUAGAGACACUCCUCGAGGCCAAAGUGGAAGGUAGGUCUUUUGAUGGGCUUGAGUUGCGAUGAAGCUUACAUGAAUAGAUGUGUGUCAUGACGGUGAUGCACACAACAUCAUAUGUCCAGUGUGUGUGAUUGUGUGUGUGAGUGAGGGAGUGAGUGAGCAGCUCUAAACCAUCUUGGCUUGGUCUCACUCACAAUAGGCUUUCAUAUGAAUAUGACAUCACAACAAAAUGAAACUUGAUAACAAUAACAAGAGCUCUGAGACAAUGGCAGCUUAAUUCUCCCCUCUGAUGACAGUAACCGAUCAUUACAUCACUCUCUCCCUUUCACUCUGUCUGUGUGUGUAGAGAUUGUCAACUUGCUAAAGUCGCAGGACAAGGACCCUGACCUGCUGUACGUGAUGAAGUUUCUGGUCUCUGAGAACAUACCUGGCCUGCCACCAGGGGGAGGAGUCACCAGCAAGUAAGUCCCUCACUCACACGACUCACCAGUCAGAGUUCAAAAAGCGACACAGAGGCCUAGAUGUGUGUGAAUGAAUAGGAGUGAUUUUUUAUAUUAAAUGUUCAUAAUUUAUCAUAACUUGUUCUCUUUUUCCUUUGCAGAAGAGACUGUGUCAUCUCUGCAUAUCAGAAGUUUGUAACGGCCUUCAGUUCUCUGGAACCAAUGUUAGGAGACGACCAAACAUAG